GGUGGGCAAACACGAGCUUCCAGGGGGAUAAACCCCUGGAAUGGGAGCACAUGGUGGUACCCAGCCCCAGGAGCUUCAUCCUGGUGGGAACACCGUGAGCCUGUGGCCCUGGGAUGAGCAGGGAGCUGGUCCUGCAUGGAGCAGAAUGAAGCUUAAGGGUGGGUUAAUCAUAGAUGGGGCAAUAUAGGGGACCCCAGUGUGUGGGGCAGAGCUUCUUGUUGCCCCGUUGAGCAGGAUUUGGGAUGGGGAUCCCAUCGAGAGCUUCCAGAGGCAAGGAAGGCAGGAGCUAUGGGGUGCACUGAUGCUAUGGGGCGGUUGCCAGCAGGUCACGGGGUAGAAGGGCUUUGCCCUCGUUGCUUCCUGGUUAAUGAGUGAUUCCCGAGGCAUGGAAGAGCCCAUCCUCUUCCAGCAACUCCCUCCCUACACUUCCACCCAGCCUUUGCCCUGCUGGCUGGGUAAGAGGCGCACCAUGGUGGAGGUGACGGUGACACCGCGCUCCUCCCUCGCUGACCGCCCCGUGCGGGUGCACGUGCGGGGUCUGUCCCCAUCGCAGCUCGUCACCCUGCGGGCCUGGCUCAUGGAUGAGCAGGGGGAGCGCUUCCAGGCUCGAGCCUUCUUCCAUGCCGAUGGAAUGGGCGAGGUGGACCCCGGGUACCAGCCUGCCCUCGGCGGCAGCUACAGCGGCCUCUGCCCUAUGGGGCUGCUGUGGUUCCUACAGCCCGACACCCUCUUCCGACGCCUGCUCAAGCGGGAUGUGACCGGCAGCCCCUUCCUCAUCCAUGUGGAAGUGUUCGAUGGCGUCCACCUGGUCAACGGGCCCCAGGACCAGCCAUUGGCUUCGUGUGAAGCCGAGCGCUGGUUUGUGGGUCCCGGGGUGCAGCGGGUGCCCAUCAGGGAGGGCAGGGUCCGUGGGGCUCUCUUCUUGCCACCCGGACCAGGACCCUUCCCGGGGGUUGUGGAUCUCUUUGGGGGUGCAGGAGGUCUCAUUGAGUUCCGAGCAGGGCUUUUGGCCAGCCGGGGCUUCGCGGUGCUGGCACUGGCUUUCUUUGCCUAUGAUGACCUGCCCCACACCCUGAGCCAGCUCGACAUGGAUUACUUCGAGGAGGCGACCACGGUGCUGCUCCAGCACCCCAAGGUGCGAGGCCCCGGCUUGGGUGUCAUCGGCGUCUCCAAAGGAGCAGAGGUGGCUUUGGCCAUGGCCACCUUCCUCCCGCAGGUGGUGGCCACGGUGUGGAUCAACGGCACUGCUUUCCUCCACGGCAACCCUCUGGUCUACAAGGACCUCUACAUCCCCGCUAUUCCCUAUGGCCUUGAGCGUGUGACCAUCACGGAGAUGGGGGCAUUGGACAACUCUGCUGUCUUCAGUGACCCCCAGGACCCCACGCACCGCUCCUCGGCCAUCCCUGUUGAGAAGAUCAAGGGGAAGGUCCUCUUUGUGGUGGGGGAGGCCGACCGCAGCCUCAACAGCAAGCUCUUUGCCAGGCUGGCCAUGGCACGGAUGCCACCAGGGCAAUGUCACCUCUUGUCCUACCCUGGGGCCGGGCACUUGAUCGAGCCCCCCUGUUCCCCCCUGUGCAGCAUAUCCAGCAUCAGGAGCAGCCCCCUGCCCCUGCUGUGGGGGGGUGAAGUCAAACCUCAUGCCAAGGCUCAGGAACACUCGUGGAAGGAGAUUAUCCGGUUCUUGGAGCAACAUCUGAGAUGUGCCGCUGGGAAGCUGUGAUGGGGAUGGGGUGAAAGGACCCCCGUUAAUAAAGGUCAGCCUUAGAGCCUC